UUUAAAAUUAUAAAUAAUUCAUUAAUUCACUUGCCUUUAAUAUUUUCACCUUCCAAUAUUUCAAUUUGAUGAAAUUUUGGUUCAUUAUUAGCGUUAUGCUUAACUCACCUUACUCAAAUUUUAACAGGACUUUUUUUAACAAUAUAUUAUUAUGCUAAUAUUGAAAUAGCUUUCUAUAGAGUAAAUUACAUCUGUCGAAAUGUCAAUUAUGGAUGAUUAAUUCAAAAUUUACACGCAAAUGGAGCAUCAUUUUUUUUAAUUUGCAUUUAUAUUCAUAUUGGCCGAGGUAUUUACUAUGAAUCAUUAAAUUUUUUUUAUACAUUAAUAAUUGGAAUUAUUAUUUUAUUUUUAUUAAUAAUAAGGCGAGGACAAAUAUAUUUUUGAGGAGCUACAGUAAUUACAAAUCUUUUAUCAGCAAUCCCAUAUUUAGGAACUAGACUUUUAAAUUGAAUUUAAAGGGGAAAUGCUGUUGAUAAUGCAACUUUAACCCGAUUUUAUAAUUUUGCAUUUUCUUAUACCAUUCUAAUAAUAACAAUAAUUCAUUUAUUAUUUUUACAUCAAACAGGAUCAAAUAAUCCACUACGAACAAAUAGAAAUUUAGAUAAAAUUCCUUUUCAUCCUUAUUUUACUUACAAAGAUUUUAUAGGAUUUAUUAUUAUAGUAUUUAUUCUAAUUUUAUUGACAUUAACAAAUCCUUAUAUAUUAGCAUGA